GCGGCUGUCUGAGCGUGAUAUAUUUUUUCCUUUCAAAUGUAGCCCACAUUUCGUGAUGGUAUUUCUAGAUUCUUUUUCAAUGUCAAGUCCAAAACCUCGCCAAGGUCCUUCUCCUCCUUCGGUAGAACAAAUUUUGGAAGAUCUAUCGGCAGCAAAAGAUGACGACGUUGUUUUCAAGUCACCAAUGUUGGGAGAACAUGUGAGCCUUCAUGCAACUCGUGAUCAGACUAAAGGCAAAACAAACAUCUCAGCGAGUCACUCGGAUAAAACAGAAAAUGUUUUGGAACAUUCUACUGGUGGAAGAGAGGUGUCUGAAGAUAAAGGAAGUGCUGAUGAAGGCAAAACUAAAAGUCAGUCAAAUGAACAACUGUAUGGCACAGUUGCCUCAUUUCUGGAACAGUUUAAAUCACUUGAAUCGUCUCAAGAACAGCUGAGUAGUCUAGAAGGAGAUUUGAAAUCCAAACAAGAGGAUCUGGAGGAAGCCAUCAGCAAAGUGAAAGAUGCUUGGAAGGUUGACAAGAAUGACUUUUAGUGAUUGACAUGUUGAGCUUGAUCUUAGUGGGACCACUACUGGCUUUUUAGCUUGAGUAAUGAAACAUCUUGUUUCUUACACUAAAUUCAUCCCUUGUUGAAGAGGAGUCAUAGUAUCAUACUGAGCAGUGUGGUAGAUGUUUCUUUGAUGGGCUAUUACUUUGUUCUGGUUGUUUUCAUGCUAUAAACAGCCUAUCAUGUGCACUUCACUGAUCUUUGUAGAUUAACAUCAUCAAUGUGGAAUUUUUUGGGUGAAAUCUCAGAUCAUUCCCUCGUGAGACAAACUAACUGCAUGGAGAGAGAAACAUAGUUAACUUAGUGAACUAACUAACUUACAUGGACUGGAAGAGGUGGCAAAUGAUCACUUAUAAAUAGUUGGUCUCUGAAAAGUUUUGAUCUCAACGUGAAAUCCUUUGUAAUCAGCAAGGGUAUUUCACAUGUGGGACAUUGAAUACACUGUUUCCUUGUAGUUGGUUUCACCCAUGUUUGCUUGUAGCUAGCUUCUACCUAUUGGAAUUUAGGACAGCAUUAUAUUGCAUUUGGCCCUUUUCCAACAAGUAAAAGCUAGCGGCAAGCCGACAUGAGUGAAACUAACCACAAGCAAACAGUGCAUUCAGCGUUUUGCAAAAUACCCCUGCCGCUUUGUAAUGAGUUACUUAGUCUAAUUUUUGUGGUGUGCCUUUCAGCCUUGCAGUCUAAAAUGAUUUAAGAUGUGGUUUUAGAUUUUCAAACAAGGGUCUGUAUCUUGAUGAGUCUUGGAGUUUAACAAUUUUGUCUCUUCAACUUGAGUCUUAUGAACAGGGAGAGAGUUUUUAUGGUGUAACAAGAGAUGAAAAUUGUUCUAGAAGUAGUAUAACCAUAUGCUAGGAUUGAAACAAUAGUUUUUAAAAUGAACUUUCCAACUUUUUGUUUUGAAGACUUUCAUUCUUUUUACUUAGAAUAUUGUAGUUGAAAAAGGAUAUCUCAAAAUGCAAAUACUAGUCAUUGUGCACUGCCUUGUACACAGUUUUACAAAACAGGAAUGAUUAUUUAUUUUAAACUAUUUAAACCAGCUGUCAAAGUAUGGUCAUUCUUUGUGAUGACAAUAAAUAAUUUAUGAAAUGA